GUUCUUUGUUUACUGCAGAAACGGCAUUUCUUUGAUUUCUUGCAAAGUUACCAGUUCAUGGUUUCCAGUGUAUCUCUUUGAUUUCUUACAGUUCAAGGGGCCCUUCGAGCAAGGUACAUGGAAUGAGCUGCUUAACAGCUCAUUUUUCUACGGCGCCCCGACUUUUAUAUUCACGGACUGGUGGACGAGGGAAAUAGAAUCUCGAGGCCCGGUAGAUGCGACAAAGCGGCAAGAAAAUAUGAAAGCUUUUUGAUCCCGCGGUGGUGGUGGCGGUGGCGGCUAAGCAAGCGGAACCUACGCAGCAAUGUUGAUUGAGAAGGAAAGGCGGCAGCUUUCUGGAGAGAGUGUGGUACUGGUACAUAAUCUUCUGGUCAGUAGGCUUCUAGAGGCGAGAAAAAAGCUCGCAAACAGGGAAGCGAAGAGAAAAAGAAGAGUGAAGGGCGGCAAAGAAGAUGAAGGAAGGUGGAAGUGAAUUUGGAAUGGGACGUGUGGUACCGUCUUUAAAAGCAUCACCAGGACAUAACAGUAUGGAUUGGGAUGGGAAAUGGAGGAUGGAAAGAUGGACCACAACAACAACACCACGCACGCGGAAUGAAGGAUAUAAAUGGGGAGAGUUUGGUUCUAUUCCUCUGGGAGACACUUUAUGCGCUUGAAUCGAAUAUUUAUCGUCGUGAAGAACCGCAGCAUCAAAGCUUGGCACCCACUCACGCAGAGGUACUGAAGAGUCUCGGACAAACAGGCAGAAUAAACAGGACCUUCCGUUUCCAUGGCGAGGAAACGUGUCAGGUCGCAUGCAAGGCUCGCCGUAGCUACAAAAAGGCCAGCUUUGGGACUAAUCCAUCGCUCAUCAGUGCGCGCGUUUGCUGCGACGUAGCCAUCCCACCGGUCAAAGGGGAGUUUCUCGUUUUUUUAAUUCUUUUUCAACAUGUCGUCGGACAGCGCGCAGGGAAGGAAAGAGGAGCUCAAGGGGAGUGCUCAAGACAAGAUGGACCAAGCCGGUCAGAAGAAAGAGGACAUGAAAGGCACUGCUCAGGAAAAGAUGGAGCAAACCAAAGAUCAAGCCAGCGGUAUGUUCCAGCAGAUGGGAGACAAGGUGAAACAGGCUGCGGAUAAAACGAAGGAAACUCUGGCUGGAACUGGAGAUAGGAUGACUGCGGACAACAAGAAGGCGUAAACGAAUGCUCCAAAGAGUUGAGAGAAAAUAAGAGACCUUAUGUGCGAAUGUUGUCAAUCGUGACCCAACGAUCAUUGGAAUUUAGUUGUGGUUUUACUGUCU